UAGUCUGCAAGCAUGUAGCAGCCCAGAAAAUGGAAAGGAGAUCUCAGGUGCUGUUGAGUUGGAAAAUUUGCCCUUAAAGAAAGAUGCCUUGAAAGAACUGGAAUUACCAUUUGAAGUCAAAGCUGGCCUGAUUGGGAAGGUAACUCUUCAGAUUCCCUUUUAUCGCCCCCACGUGGACCCUUGGGUGAUCUCCAUCUCCAGCCUUCACUUAAUCGGAUCCCCUGAAAAGCUAGAGGAUUUCAAUGAUGAGAAGGAGAAGCUCUUGGAGAGGGAGCGCAAGAAGGCUCUGCUUCAAGCCCUGGAGGACAGAUGGAAGAAUGAACGUCAGCAGAAGGGGGAAUCCUACUGGUAUUCAGUUACUGCCUCCGUAGUUACGAGAAUUGUGGAGAAUAUUGAAUUAAAAAUUCAAGAUGUCCAUUUGCGCUUCGAAGAUGGUAUUACCAACCCGUCCCAUCCUUUUGCAUUUGGCAUCUGUAUUAAGAAUGUGUCCGUGCAGAAUGCUGUGAAUGAGCCUGUACAGAAAUUAAUGCGGAAAAAGCAACUAGAUGUGGCAGAGUUUAGCGUCUAUUGGGAUGUCGAUUGCACUUUGUUGGGGGAUUUGCCCCAGGUGGAGUUACAGGAGGCCAUGGACAAGAGCAUGGAGAGCCGCGAUCAUCACUACAUCCUGGAGCCCGUGUGUGCAUCCGCUCUUUUGAAGAGAAACUGCUCUAAAGAGCCUCUGAGGUCUCGGCACACUCCCCGGAUCGAGUGCGAUAUUCAUCUGGAGACCAUCCCCUUGAAACUCUCUCAGCUGCAGUACCGGCAAAUCAUGGAAUUCCUCAAGGAGCUGGAACGAAAGGAGAGGCAGGUGAAGUUCCGAAGAUGGAAGCCCAAAGUGGCCGUGUCUGAGAACUGCCGAGAAUGGUGGUAUUUUGCUCUGAAUGCUAACCUGAAUGAAAUCAGAGAGGAGAGGAAGCGUUGUACCUGGGACUUCUUGUUACACCGGGCCCGCGAUGCUGUGUCUUACACCGACAAAUACUUCAGCAAGCUGAAAGGAGGCUUGCUGCAUGCAGACGACAGGGAAGAGAUGCGUCGGAUUGAAGAGGAACAGAGCUUUGAGGAAUUGAAGAUUUUACGUGAACUGGUUCAUGAACGAUUUCACAAACAAGAAGAACUGGCGGAGAGCCUACGAGAGCCUCAGUUGGAUUCUCCAGGAGACUCUCCUGGGGACCCAGAGACCAGUGGAGGCAGUGGGAUGCUCCAGUACCUUCAGUCCUGGUUUCCUGGCUGGGGUGGCUGGUAUGGGCAGCAGAUCCCUGAGGGGAGACCGGUCGAGGGGCUGUCAGCAGAGCAGCACGAACGGUGGACUCCUGAGGAGAUCCUAGGCACCGAGGAGUUUUUCGACCCCACGGCCGAUGCGUCCUGUCUGAGCACGUACACGAAGCGGGACCUGGUGUUUGCCCGACUGAACGUGCAGCUGCAGCGGGGCACCGUGACGCUGCUGCACCAGGAGCCGGGCGGCCUGCGGACGGAGGAGUGCGCCUUCAUGCAGCUUGAGUUCUCAGAUGUGAAGCUACUAGCAGAAUCUCUUCCUCGAAGAAAUUCCUCCUUGCUCUCAGUCCGGUUGGGUGGACUGUUUCUUCGAGACCUGGCCACAGAAGGCACCAUGUUUCCCCUUCUGGUGUUCCCGAAUUCACAAAAAGAAGUUGGCAGAGUCUCACAGUCUUUUGGUCUCCAAACAACAUCUGCAGACAGAAGUGAUCAUAACCCUGCUGCGGACCCAGAUGACCCGGUUUUUGAGAUGCUGUAUGAGAGAAAUCCAGCGCACAGCCAUUUUGAGAGGCGGCUGAAUGUCAGCACGAGGCCCUUGAACAUCAUAUAUAAUCCCCAGGCUAUUAAAAAAGUAGCAGACUUUUUCUACAAGGGAAAGGUUCAUACCUCAGGUUUUGGUUAUCAGUCUGAACUUGAGCUGAGAGUGGCGGAAGCUGCCCGAAGACAGUAUAACAAACUGAAGAUGCAGACCAAGGCGGAAAUCCGACAAACGCUCGAUCGUUUGCUAGUGGGUGAUUUCAUCGAAGAGAGUAAAAGGUGGACCGUGCGACUAGAUAUUUCUGCCCCUCAGGUGAUCUUUCCUGACGAUUUCAAAUUCAAGAAUCCCGUGUUAGUUGUUGUGGAUCUGGGGAGAAUGCUGUUGACAAAUACCCAAGAUGACUCCAAGAGGAGAAGUGGGGAUGGGCUAGCAUCUGAAGAGAACCAGUUUAGUGAUGAUGAAUAUAAGACGCCUCUUGCCACACCUCCGAACACCCCCCCUCCUGAGACAAGCAGCAGCAAUGGAGGGAAAACACCUCCGUUUUCUGGGGUCGGAUUCAGCGCAGAGCAGCUUCAGGCCCAUCUAAUGAGCACAAAGAUGUAUGAGAGGUACUCCUUGUCAUUUAUGGACCUCCAGAUCAUGGUUGGACGAGUGAAGGACAAUUGGAAGCACGUCCAGGAUAUUGAUGUGGGACCAACCCACGUGGUUGAGAAAUUCAAUGUUCACCUACAGUUAGAACGUCGGUUGAUUUAUACUUCAGAUCCCAAGUACCCCGGAGCUGUGCUCUCCGGCAACCUACCAGACUUGAAAAUCCACAUCAAUGAAGAUAAAAUAUCUGCUCUAAAGAAUUGCUUUGCUCUCCUGACCACCCCAGAAAUGAAGACUUCGGACACUCAGUUUAAAGAGAAGAUUUUUCCACAAGGCGGGCAGCGGGGAAGUUUGCAAGACUCAGUAAUGAAUUUAACCCAGAGCUUUGUGAUGUUGGAGCAGCAUACCCGGGAGGUUCUGGUGGAGUCACAGCUCCUCCUGGCCGAAUUUAAGGUGAACUGCAUGCAGCUUGGCGUUGAGAGCAACGGCCGGUACAUUUCCGUGCUCAAGGUGUUUGGGACCAAUGCUCACUUUGUGAAGAGGCCUUACGAUGUUGAGGUCUCCCUGACCGUUCACGGAUUGCUCCUGGUGGACACGAUGCAGACGUACGGUGCUGAUUUUGACCUUUUGAUGGCUUCACAUAAGAACUUGAGCUUUGAUAUCCCAACAGGAAGCCUCCGGGAUAGCAGGGCCCAGUCUCCUGUCUCUGGAUCCAAUGCGGCCCACCUGACUAAUGCUGCCACACUGAAUGACCCAUCGACUAUGGGUGUUUCACUUGACAAAAUUCUCACCAAAGAACAGGAGUCCCUCAUCAAAUUGGAAUAUCAGUUUGUGAGUUCAGAGUGCCCGUCAAUGAAUUUGGACAGCACUCUUCAGGUGAUUUCAUUACAGGUGAAUAAUCUGGAUAUUAUCCUAAAUCCGGAGACAAUUGUGGAGCUGAUUGGUUUUCUUCAAAAAUCUUUUCCCAAGGAAAAAGAUGAUUUGAGUCCUCAGCCUUUAAUGACUGAUUUUGAAAGAAGCUUUAGGGAGGAAGGAACUUACCAAGCUACAUAUGAACAGAACACCGAGGUUGCCGUGGAAAUCCACAGGCUUAACUUACUGCUCCUUCGGACAGUGGGGAUGGCAAAUGGCGAGAAAUAUGGCAGAAAAAUUGCAACUGCAAGUAUUGGUGGCACCAAAGUUAACGUCUCCAUGGGUAGCGCAUUUGACAUGAAUGGUUCUCUCGGCUGUUUGCAGCUUAUGGAUUUGACACAAGAUAACGUUAAGAACCAGUAUGUUGUCAGCAUUGGGAAUUCCAUAGGCUAUGAAAAUAUCGUUAGCGACAUUGGCUACUUUGAAUCUGUAUUUGUUAGAAUGGAAGAUGCGGCCCUCAGCGAAGCUUUGAGUUUCACCUUUGUUGAGAAGUCUAAACAGGAGUGUUUUCUCAACCUCAAGAUGGCUUCCUUGCAUUAUAACCACUCUGCUAAAUUUUUGAAGGAGUUGACGUUGUCCAUGGAUGAGCUGGAAGAAAAUUUUCGAAGUAUGCUGAAAAGCGCAGCUACCAAAGUCACUACGGUACUAGCUACCAAGACGGCCGAGUACAGUGAGAUGGUGUCACUCUUUGAAACGCCCAGGAAGACUCGGGAGUCCUUUAUCUUAGAAGAAAAUGAAAUGUAUGGGUUUGGCCUCUCUGGGUCUCAUUCCGACACCGUAAAGCUAAUCUUGAACAUAAACAUUGAAUCCCCUGUUGUGUCUAUUCCUCGGAAGCCCGGGAGUCCUGAGUUGUUGGUGGGACACUUGGGACAAAUAUUCAUCCAGAAUUUUGUGUCAGGAGAUGAUGAGUCCAGAAGUGACCGUCUGCGGGUAGAAAUUAAAGACAUUAAGUUAUAUUCUUUGAAUUGCACCCAGUUGACAGGCAGAGAGGGUCCUGGGUCUGAAGUAAACCGGGCAUUUUGUUCUCCUUCUGGGUCUGCCAGUGCCAACAGUCAGGAGGAAGCUCACUUCACCCGACAUGAUUUCUUUGAAUCUUUGCAUAGAGGUCAAGCUUUUCACAUCCUGAACAACACUACCAUUCAGUUUAAACUGGAGAAGAUCCCUAUAGAGAGAGAAUCUGAAUUGACUUUCUCCCUUAGUCCAGAUGACUUGGGAACUUCUAGCAUCAUGAAGAUCGAAGGGAAAUUUGUCAACCCAGUUCAGGGAUGA